AAACUUUGUCAACCAGCCUGUGAAGAACUUUGUUGCAUAAUCAGUAGGGAUAAGAGGAAGCCUGGAGUUGCCCAAUUUGCUGUCGCACUUCACAUUGUUCCCUGUAGCCACACCAUGAGAACUUCAGCUUGUUCUGCCAGCAAAAUUUGCGUUCCUUUUCUAUGUCUCUUGUUGCUAAUGAAGGAUAAAGUGGACUCAGUUGAUCUGUUGGCGCCAGAAGAAGUAACGACAUCACCCGGUGGAUUGGUGAAAGUCGCAUGUCAGUACGACCUUCAGUUCAAGGAAAGACCCAAAUACUGGUGCAAAGGAUCAGUUUAUGAACUGUGUAGAGUGCUGGUGAAAACAACCAGCAGAACACAACAUGACAGGUACUUUAUCGCCGAUGAUAGGGCAGCAGGAGUCUUCACCGUAACUAUGACUUCACUCGUGGAAAGUGAUGAAGAUAAGUACUGGUGUGUAAUAUCCAGAUAUGGAAGAAACGUCUUCAAAGGUGUCAGGCUUGUCAUCACUCAAACAGCUACAACACCAAGCACAACAAAAAGUAGCUUCUUGGCACAGCAGGAAACCAGUCUGUGGCAAUCUCUAAGGUGGUUCCUCUUUUUGGUGACAUUGGGGUGUUUGGCAAUGACACAUGUGGUUGUCUGGAGGAUGGAGGCUUCAAGGUACCCAGAACCUGAAAUGACUGAUAUGUAAAUGAGCUGGUCUGUGGGUAAAUCAUAAGCACAGUCAUAAACAGUCAUCUGUGAUAUCAAGAACAGUGGAGCAGCUAAACAAGACAUGUGGUGGACAUUCAUUUAGAGUGAAUGUAGGUGUUACAUCCUGAUUCAAAGAUCAUAACAACUGGGGAGACACAACACCAACAAUUGUUUUAAGCCCUGUCAAAGGCAUUUAUUACAAAAAUAAAAGUAAAGAAGGAUGUUGGUGACAACUCGGGUGUACCGGUUGGCGUAAGCCCAGGAGUCGCCGAUCAGGAGAGCCUCUUAGUGGCAGGUGUACCGGGAGUCCCUACUGUAUCAUUUGGGAACACCAAGAACCCCAAAGUUCUACCAGGCCAUCUGCAACAGCAGGGGGGCUGUCACAGGAGGAGUAUGGGGUUCCAUUUGUGUCAAAAAUAUGUUGGCAUGAUGUAUGUUUGUAACAUACAAAUAUGUAUGAUAUCAACAUCCAUAUUUGAAUGUUGAUAUCAAUCCAGGGGCUGCACAGUGGUGUAAUUGGUAGAGCUGCUGCCUUACAGCAAGAAGGUUCUGGGUUCAAUUCCC